AAUGAAUACAACAAAACAGCAACACUCGUAUUAAUAAAUACAUUAUUUUGCGGAAAUAUGCCACGACAAUGGAUGUUUAUAUGUGCUCAACUUGCCGUACUUGCUUCAGCUCUUGUUGACUACGUCUGUGCAGCCGAGAACCAGUAUGGAACUAUAUCAAUGGUAGGACCCGCCUUUGUGAACAGGGAGGUAACACUGAAAGCGACACCGCUCUACCCUUGGAGAUGUCAGGUAGAAUGGAGGUACAUAAUGGAAGGUGGUACACAAUUACAAACAAUGCAUGGGCAAAAUGCUACAACAUAUUCGGAGGAUGGGUCAUUCUUUUUAAAAUGGAGGGCUUCAAUUGAGUACAACAAAUCUGAAUUCUACGCCGGAUGUUCAACAAACGAAAUGAUUAGAACACGCUUUGUAUCUUUACAUCUGAAAGAUAUUGUUGGAACAUGUGGAGCUCUCGUGAUUCUAAGCCCGGUUGUUCGCGGCACCGGCGUUGAACUUGGAUAUUUUCCGUCUGACUAUUCCAUACAGCACCAAACAAACACGGGACGAACAUGGAAAAACAGCGUCACGGACAUAGAGCCACGAGCAGGGUCUUACGAAGAGAAAAAAGUUUCUGAUUAUUUAUACAUAUUGACUAUAUUUAGCUUUGGAGAAAAAGAUGAAGGAACGUAUAUUAUAAAGUGCAACUCAGAUAGCUACUCGAAUUCUGUGCAGCUUCAUACACCAGAGCGACCGAGUUACCCAGUAAUUGAUGGUCCAACUUCCACUGACUUUAACACAACCGAAUGUAUUUAUGUUUAUGUUGGCUCCGAUAUUUAUUGCAAAACAAACAAUGGAACAGAACCAGUACAAGUAGUACUUUUACUGGGUAAUGAUUCAUUUGUUCUUGCCGAAGGCGAACGGAAGAAAGGAUUGUACCGAUUUCUUAACGUUCAUCAACAUAUGGAUGGACUGUCAAGACGGAAUGUGACAUGCCAGGUUUCUAAUGUAGCCCUUGAAACACCCUACGAAGUGCGCGGCAUUCUCUGUAACGUGGAGAAAGGUAACCCGCCUAUCCUAACAGUUCCUGAAUUCCUUGAUGGAGAAAAUUCGACAACAAUAUGUGAAGUGCGCAAUGCUAUCCCCGCUCCGGAAAUGUAAAUACACGUUGACACAGUAUUACUGGCUGAUGCUCAACACACCGAUUCAUUUAAUGGAUCAUCUCAUACGUUCACAAGUUCAGCAAAGGUGACAAAGGUUAACAAAACCUGGAAUGUAAAAGAAAUGUGCUGCACCAGGAAAAUAAUUUAUGAUAUUGGUAUUAAAGAUGUGUCAGUCUGCAAACACAUUAAUAUGAAAUGUGACCCGACUAUGAAUUUGAACACGACAUCACCUGUUAAUUUAUAUCCGGAUAUUACAGUGACCGUCAAAUGCUAUGUUGAUGACAGCGAUGCUAAAGGACGAUGGACGCUUUCGUGGAAAGAUGAGAAUAGCACUGUUAUGAAGACUUGUAACAAAACAGAUGAAUGCCUCUUAACACUUUAUUAUGCGAGAGAUGGCGAAAAUACAUACACUUGCAACGCUUGGAAAACAAACAAGCUUUUGAAAAAUUCCUUGACCGUUAUAAGCGCAAGAACAGAUGGGAGUCAAUCCUACGAAACUGACAUUCAUACAUUCCGAUUUCCUGUCAUCAAUGUACUUAUCGUAGCAGGUGUUAUAGGUGGACUCUGCAUCCUGUUUGUUAUUGGAAGAUGGAUAUAUCUGAAACGGCGGAGGGUCAAAACAACUGACACAGUAGAAAUUGUUGAAAAUCACAGUGACACCUCAUCGGACAAUGGAGUGCUACAUAUAGCAACAGAAGGAGUCCAGUAUGCUGUCGUGCAUAGGCAGGCGGCCACACAGAGGAUUGAAACGCAGAACCCACAGGAUGAAGAAUGCCUCAAAUACGCUGAAUUGGACGUUAAGUUCCUACAGGCAGCCAACGCCAGAGUUCCGUCAUGGAAAAAGAAUACGCCGACGGAGUAUGCUGAAAUUGAGUUCUUUUCGACACAGGGACCUGCUGUCGAACAACCUGGGUACCAUUAUGCAUCAGUGUAAAUGGAGAUCAAAGACCAAAACAUAUAACCAAAACAUUCGGCCUUAUUGUAUGUUUUGGAUAUUGUAUUUCAUAUGUUUCAUCUUUUACAAAAUCAAUUGUACCAAUAUUGUAAAGUUUUGUUAAAUUGUUAAAGUCAUAAUUCAAUGUUUUUGUAAUUAUACAUUUAUUCUAUAUGGUACGCACCGUAAUCAUACCACUUCUUAUAAAAAUGUUUUGCUACAUAGUAUUUUUUUAUGUAUGGUGUCUAGACUGAAAACUAUUUUUUAGAAAACGCAUAUUAUUGGAUUCUCAAUUGCUUUAGCAACAUGUUGUAUGAUUUCAUUCAUCCCAAGUGGUCUCUUUUACAUGUAAUUUUCUUAUGUUCUAUAAUUCAGAUUUAAUUCUGAACAAUGAGAAUAUUUUUGUGUAAAUGUGUAAGUGUACAUCUACGCGUAUACACAUACUCGAGUAAAACUUGCAGUACAACAAGUACGCGUAUUUUCACGUUUUGUCUCACUGAUAUUGAUAUAAUAUAAUAUUCCUCGUGCUACCUUAUAUGCCGUUACAAACUUCAUGCAAUGUACAUACAACAGGAUGAAAUUGUGCACAUAAAGUAGCCGACACGGUCAUGUACAUCUUCAUUUAGUGCUUCACAACCUUUGUAAAGAUGUAUAAUACGGUGACUUAAAGGGCCGGGUGAUAUUGUUAAUACAUUCGAGUCAAAGCUAUGAUAUGUAACAUAAUAAAUGCUUAAUGCACAUAAUACUUCAAUAUACAAUGAUAUCGAAUUUAUGCUAAUAAAUGUAUACUUCUCCAAUAGAUUGUACUAGAUGGUAACGGACUACGCAGUCUGCACUUCGAUAUAACGAAGGGACUUAUAUCGUACUAUUAUUUUGCAAUGUUUGGACAAGUUGAGUAUGUUGAGAUCUCGUUAUCUUGAGUACACCCAUUCCUAAGUUACCCUUUUCGCUCUAUGUUUUGAUGAUGAAAC